CGUUUCAGUCUCUCAGUCCUCUCUCUCUCUCUCUACUCCGCACUGUGUGUGACCAGAUCUCUUUUCAAAUUUUCCAUUUCUUCGCUUUCGAUCUUCAAAUGUGCUCUUUUGCGAUCGCAUCGUCGACUUUCUCUCUCCGUGGAAUCUCUCCUCUUCGUUCUUCCAAGCUCAGUUCGUUUGUGGGUCUUCUGUGCAACAAGUUCGGCCCCACCAUUGCUUAGGGUGAUACUAAUUAUCAUGAUUUGGAGUCCAAAUACUAGAGAAAAUCGUCGAGUAGGAAUCGGGGUAUGCAGCUUGACUUGUGUGUUGUUUAACUAUGGAAGGUGAAAGAACAAAUUCUACUCCUGCAGAAGGGCUCGGUGACAGCAUUCAGAAAGUUCGAGCUCUCCAUGGGAGGACUAGUGGGCCUACAAGGCGUUCUACGAAAGGACAAUGGACACCUGAAGAGGAUGAGAUCUUGCGGAGGGCUGUUCAGCGUUUUAAAGGAAAGAAUUGGAAAAAAAUAGCGGAGUGUUUCAAGGAUCGGACUGAUGUGCAAUGCCUACAUAGAUGGCAGAAAGUCUUGAAUCCCGAACUGGUCAAAGGUCCAUGGUCUAAAGAGGAGGACGAAGUUAUUAUUGAGUUGGUGAAAAAAUAUGGUCCAAAAAAGUGGUCCACUAUUGCACAGCAUUUACCCGGACGUAUUGGUAAGCAGUGUCGGGAAAGGUGGCAUAAUCAUCUUAAUCCUGGCAUAAACAAAGAGGCAUGGACACAGGAAGAGGAGUUGGCUCUGAUACGUGCUCAUCAAAUGUAUGGGAACAAAUGGGCAGAGCUAACGAAGUUCUUGCCUGGAAGGACAGACAAUUCCAUAAAAAAUCACUGGAACAGUUCUGUGAAGAAGAAGUUGGAUUCUUACUUGAAAUCAGGUUUACUUACACAGCUUCAAGGGAUGCCUCAUGUUGGAAAUCAAAACCAACACAUGAUGUCAUCUUCUUCAAGAAUGCAGAGCAGUGGAGAUGAUAGUGGUGCUAAAGGUGCAGAAGUAGAAGAAAUUUCAGAAUGCAGUCAAGAUUCAACUGUUGCUGGUUGCUAUCUCUCAGCACCUGAAAUGGCCAAUGUGGUACCACAUACUAGAGAGGAGUUUGGGAAUAAUGAUGUUUCCCGUUUAGCGAAUGACCCAAGCUGCAGUCCAGCAUCUUGUUCAGAACCAUACUACCCAUCUAUGACUAUAGGAGAUGCCAAUUUUUCCAUUCCAGAAAUACCUCCUGAAUUGGUUUGCUCCAAAUUCCUGGAACAAAAUUUCUCACAUGAUGCUGGAGCUUCAAUGAGUGGGGAUUUCCAGUUAAAUUUGCAUGAGUUACCUAACAUUUCUUCACUAGAAUGCGACCAGGAAUCAUCAAGGAUGUACACUCAUUGUAUGAGGUCUAAUGAGAGCCAUGAAGGGGUGGAGGCUCCAUUUCAAACUUCAACUUCCAUGGGUAACAUGGCCUUCGGUUCAGUUAAAUCAGAGCACAUGUUGAUAUCUGACGAUGAAUGCUGUAGGGCAUUAUUUUCAAUGAAUGGUGGGUGUUUUCCCUCUAGAGAUUUUACAAAUUGCUCAAACAUAGUUGGUUUGGGUGCUUGCACAGAUUCAGUACUUCUCCAACCCACAAACCUCCAAAUAUCUGAAACUGGCAGAACUUCAGCUUCACAAUCAUAUCAUCCCCUGGAUUCUGGUGUAAUUGGAACUUCUUGCUCUCAAGUAGUUUCUGCUCAUGAAAAUCCACUGAUAUAUGCUGGAGAACCUACUCAUUUAUUCAGAGUUCAAGACCAAGAGUUUGUGACAAGUUUAAAUGAUGGAUUUAUCUAUAAUAACGAGUCUGCCAGUUCUCCCUGCAAAUCAGAUCUGGUUAAUGAUUCUUUAAAAUUAGUCCCUGUAAAUACAUUUGCUUCGGGAUUGGAUGCGCAAACUUGUCCUGUGGAUGUGAGUUCAAAUGAGCAGACAGAACAGCAGGAUGCUGGAAAAGAACCGCAGGAUGCUGGAGCUCUAUGUUAUGAGCCUCCUCGCUUUCCAAGCUUGGAUAUUCCAUUUUUUAGUUGUGAUCUUAUACAAUCUUGUAAUGACAUGCAGCAAGAAUAUAGUCCCCUUGGCAUUCGUCAGCUGAUGAUGUCUUCUAUGAAUUGCCUCACUCCCUAUAGGUUAUGGGAUUCACCCUCUCGUGAGGGUAGCCCUGAUGCCUUGCUAAAAAGUGCUGCUAAAACUUUUACAGGCACACCAUCUAUUUUGAAGAAACGACACCGAGAUUUGUUGUCUCCAUUGUCGCCAUUAUCAGAUAGAAGAAUUGAUAAAAGGCUUGGGACUGACGUGACCUCCUGCUUGGCCAGAGAUUUUUCACGUCUUGAUGUUAUGUUUGAAGACACUGAGAAGAAAGAAGAUUCUUCUCCAUCUUCUGAUCAGAAAAGAAAUUCUGAUGCCUCUGGUGAAAAUAAAGAGAAUAAGGGUACCUGUGAAAACAAAGUAGAAAAAGGGAUUGACGGCACUGCAAUGUCAGAUGAUGGAACUGUACAGAGAGAUUUUGAUGACGGUCAAUCCAGGGAAAAGGGAAAGCAGUUCCAACAAACUGCUGAUGUUGAUGCUAAGAGUAAGGUUGAUGUCGUCCCAACUACACAAAGUGCACAACCUUCUGGAGUACUUGUUGAACGUAACACAAAUGAUCUGCUACUAAAUUCUCCUGAUGUAGUUGGAUGUAAAGCUGAAAAACCCUUCAGCUCAACUGCUAGAACUCCUAAAGAUCAGUUACGUAAAAGCUUUGAAGCCACCAACCCAGGAGUUCCUUCUAAAUCGUUUUCUGCAAGACAAUGCUCAUCUGUUAAAACCCCCACUAUAUGUGUAAAGAAGCAUGGAAUUCUCGCAGAUAAAUGUGUACAGUCUGAUUCUACGUCAGCUCCACCAGAGACUGAUAGUGCCAGCAAUGAUGUCAAUAUUGAAAGCGUGUUUGGUGGUACUCCUUUUAAGAGAAGUAUCGAUUCUCCUUCGGCAUGGAAAUCUCCUUGGUUCAUCAACUCAUUUGUCCCCGGCCCUAGAGUUGAUACUGAAAUUACAAUUGAGGAUAUAGGGUUUUUCAUGAGCCCAGGGGAUAGAAGCUACGAUGCCAUUGGGCUGAUGAAACAGAUAAGUGAGCAGACUGCUGCUGCCUAUGCCAAUGCCCAGGAGGUGUUGGGAAAUGAAACUCCUGAAAGUUUAUUCCGGGAAAGACAGAAAGACCGAGAUAUUGCGGGCCCUGAGAACAAGCAGGGGUCGCCUAAUCAGCCAGGGAGUAGUUCUCUUUCGGCUUCCAAUGUUUUGGUGGAGUGUCGCACCCUCGACUUUAGCGAAUGCGGGACGCCCGGGAAGAAGGGAACAGAAAACGUGAAGUCUUCCUCAAAUGGCAAGAGCUUCUCGAGUCCGACUUCUUAUUUGUUGAAGGGUUGCAGAUAAAUAGCUUCCUGUAAGAAGGUUGCCUUACUUCUUGCUUGGGUUAUUCCUUCUGUCGGAGUUGUCCUUAGAUUUUGUUAUCCAUAUACUAUAUAUAUAU